AUGAUUCGUAAACCUCUUUGUUAUUAUUAUUCAUCAUUAAAAUCUGAAUGUUUACAAGAAAUUGUCUCCUCUUAUUUACAUCGAUUAGGACCUGGUCAGUUACCAUUAGAACUUUCUACAAUUAAUAACAACGAUACAACAUUUAUUCCAUGUUUACUUGUACCACAUGGUGCUUAUUGUGAUUCAGGACCUCUUUAUGCUAAAGCUUAUUAUUGGUUAAAUUCAUUUAUCUUCGAUACAGUUCUUAUAAUCGGAACAAAUCAUAGUGGUGCAGGUUUAUCUAAUGUCAGUCUUUCUCCUGAUAAUUGGCAAACACCACUUGGUGUCGUUGAAACUGAUGCAGAUUUAUUUAAUAUAUUCGUAUCAAUAUUAGGUAUUCAAUAUGUCGACAGAGAAGCACAUCGAAAUGAACAUUCCAUAGAAAAUCAAUUACCAUUUUUAAAACAUAUACGACCAAACGCUAAAUUAAUUGCAUUAUCACUUUCAAGAUUAAACGAUUUGAAUAAAGGAUAUCAAAUAUGUGAACAAAUUAAAAAAGCAAUUGAUUUAUAUCAACAACAAACAGGUAAACGAAUAGUUAUUAUUUCUACUACGGAUUAUACUCAUUAUGGUCCUGGUUAUGGUCAGAAUAAUGCACAAAAUUUAUCUGCAAAUGAAGAAUAUGCUCGUGUUAAUAAUAAAUCUAUUUUACAAUCCAUUUUAUCAAAUAAUCCUGAACAACUUUUACAAACUCAACAAAUAACUCAAAAUUCAAUGUGUGGAUUAUGGCCAUCAUUAAUCAUUAUGAUUUUAUCUCGAUUAUUGAAUAAUAAUAAAGGACUAUGGAAUGUUCUUUCCUACAAUGUCAGUUCAGAAGUUAUGAAACGUGGUAAAGAUGUUUGUGGCUUUGCAUCACUUAUAUAUUCAAAUACUGUAUAA